AUGACGCAAUCACUCUUCGAGAACUGGCUUAAGGCAGAAGGCAGCCAGGAUGCGAAGUUGGCAAGGCAGAAGAGAAAUGUUGAUCUGAUUGUGGACAACUGCCCUGCCUAUAGCCAUGUCAUCGGACUGAAAUCCAUCACCCUCGAGUUCCCGCCCGCGAACACAACUGCUGUGAUCCAACCAAUGGACCUGGGUGUGAUACAGAACUUGAAGGUGCUCUACCGUCAUCAGCUUCUGCAUCGAAUGCUGAUGUGUGCAGAUAGCAACAAAGACUACAGUGUGAACCUGCUGUCGGCACGUCAUAUCCUCACACAUGCCUAGCAACAAGUGAAAGAGUCAACGGUACAAAACUGCUUCCACCAUGCUGGCUUCAGUAGUCAAGGGGUCAGGAGCAACCCUUCACAGGAUGAAGAAGAAGAUGCCACCGGCGGUGAGGACAGCCUGAAUCAAGUUGUCCCUUGCCCUCUCUUCACAAGACAAGACUACGAGUCUAUUGGUGAAAAUGUGACCUGCCAGGAAGAUACAUUGGUGGAGCUGGUGGCGGAGGUGCAAGCCGUUGAAGAUCAGGAAUCAACGGAUGAGGAUGAAUGUGAUGACCCUGUAAUUCUUCCAGUGUCAGACGGGGCAACAAGAUGAUCUAGCGCUGUUCCAGUGUUCCAGCAAUAUUUUGAACACCAUGGGUUUAGUGAGUACACGGCAAGCCUCUCGGCCAUGCAAUCCCAUUUUGUGAAAAAACAGUUGCAAAAUGCCCAGCAAACCACCAUUACAUCCUUUUUUCAAUAA